UGGCGGCCAGUCGGGGCCGUCUAGUCGACGAUAGCGGGCGAUCGUCGCGCCGCUAGUGUCUCGCGGCUCAUCGAUCAGUGUGGUGUGCGUCGCGUUGUUGUUCCGGAGGAUUUUUUUAGUGGUUUGUUCCUGCGUUGCCCCGAGACGCCACGGCUCUCACGCGGAUUCCUCGCCGCCCGUCCGGCUCGAUUCGCGCGCGUGCACACGGAGCGGGCACCGCGAGCGGGGCCCAUCACGGGGGAAAGAUGCGACCAAGGAUACACUGGAUUCUGAUCAGCACGGCCGUGGUGAUCCUCGCGGGAUGCAACGCCGCUACCGAGAAGGAGCAACCGGAUAAGCAAAGGACGUCAGCCAGUUCGACUUAUAACACCUUCCCGGAUGACUUGUAUCUAGACGAUCAGGACGCCUUAGAAGGUUCUGGACGAGGUGGCGGUGAUAAUCGCGACGACCUCGAAGCUUCGGGCAGCGGUCUUGGUCCUGACGACGAGGACGGAGACGACGAUCACGAGUACAAUGGUAAUAAUGGAUUAGAAAUUCCGAGCAAACCAACCGAGGCGAGACCUCCGUACUUCAUCGACGAGAACACCAAAACUAAACAGACGACUAUUGACGUGGUAAACCGACCCGGCAACGAGGUCGACGUAAUCGAACCCUCAGGCACGGAAGACGAUCACGCCGAUAACACUGACGAAGUCUUCAUGAAUCCGAAACACGAAGAGCGCGCUGGCUCAUUCUUCGCGCAGCCAGGCGUACUAGCCGCCGUAAUUGGUGGCGCGGUAGUAGGCCUCCUCUGCGCGAUACUGGUGGUCAUGUUUAUCGUGUACCGAAUGCGCAAGAAGGAUGAGGGCUCGUACGCCUUGGACGAGCCGAGAAGAUCGCCCGCGGUGCAGCCCUUCCCUAAGCCUGGGGCGCCUCAUCAUAAUCGGGAGUUCUACGCUUGAAACGAGCGCGCCAAGAAGACUUCGCUGAUCGUUCUCAAAUUCAUCAGGCCGAGUAAAGAGCACACAGAAAUAGUGACCAAUCUUCGGCAUUAUCUGACUGGUCUGAUUAAAUGGUGAACCGAUCGCUACGGCGAUAAGCAUGGCGCGCGCUCAUAGACUCUCUCGAUGCCGAGGUUCACCCGAGGAACGUCGCUCAGAACGUCGGCCGAUUUCUCGAUUUCCACGGAAUCCUCUUCGUUGCCCCAAUUGUCGAUAUUUCGCUUAUUCUUAGCUAGUUUAACCGUUCGGAUGUCCCUCCCCCAUCUGUCCCCGCCGUUACGUUCACCUCCCGCGAAGUAAACAACUUUUCACGAUUCUCCCGAGCUUCCCUAUCAAUCAUUUAGUCUUGAUGUGAGUACGAGCCGUGACGACGACGAUGACCAUGACGGCGAUGACGAAGACGAUGACGGUGACGGUGACGAUGACUGCAACGGCGACGGCGAUGUUCACGUGCACGCUUCUCGGCCGCACGAACUCCUCUUGACUCUUAGAAACUGUAUUUUCUUACGCGCUCUAUUUUAUUGCGUGAAAAAAAGUGCACGCGAGUAAGAGAGCCUGAAGCAAGACGAAUUCGCGGCUCUCGGCCGACGGACCACUUCACCGAACGCCGAAUCGUUUCAGCUCGACGCUCCGACUCGCCCUUCGCAAUACUCUGUACAGACCUCCCCUUCCCUUCCGUUAUUCUGACUCUCAAUCGCGUUUGCUACCCUCCGCGGAUCCCUCCUCGAAGCGCAAUCAUCCCGGCUGGUGACUGAACCGAUGGACAGCAAGAGACGAGACAACGGCUCUCGUAGGUAUCCCGUUGAGACACCGUCGGCGAGGUUGCACCAAUUCCAAGAUGCAUUUACAAGCGUAUUUAGAGCGCAUAUAUAUUAUAUAUUUACGUGUAUGUAUACGUAUGUACAUGUACACACAGGACUGAGAGCGUGAAAAUUCGUGGGCGAUAAGCGCCGCUGCUAUGUCGUUAAUCAUUCUGUCUCGGUGGAAGGAGGGAGGGGAAGAAGGAUCGUUGCGGCACCGUGAUUUCUCUCCGACAGCGAGAGCGAGGCGAGGCGAGGAGUUAAGCUGCAACCACGUUCGCGUUGCUGUUACUUGUCCUCUUCUUUUAAUUUACGAUAUCACUUCUUUGAUACGAGCGUAUAAUACUGUGUCCGACGGAGAUUUAAGCCCCCGGUAUCCACGUUCGCACGUUUCGUUUUUUAUAGGAGCGACAUCGACGACACGGGACUCCUCGACCAUAUCGAUCGAUUGCAGAAAGAAUUAAAAAAUGGGCGCCUACAUUAAGAAUAUGUGUUAAGCAUGAACCGUAUAGCGCGCGACCGUAUCGACUCACAUUAAAUUCGGAGGGAGACAGAAAGCACUUAAUCUUGAUGCACUUUUACAUAGUAUGCAUAUAUAUAUAUAUAUAUAUAUAUAUAUAUAUAUAUAUAAUGCAGAUAUGUUGCGUAAGAUUGCUCAGAGUGAGAAAGAAUUUAUUCAGUCGAUCGGUCGCCGGUAUUGUACAUAUCGUUACUGAAAAUAGCGAUUAUUUCGGAAAUGUACGUAAGAUUUUAUACGUACUUUCUCUGUGUAACUUUUUCAAUGUCGUAUCGUUGUAUUCUAGAAUAUCAAAAGGUAGAAAAGUUUGAUGUUCAUAUUCUAAGGUACUCAGCUGUUUUGAAUUUUUUUAUUAAUUUAAUUUAAUUGUUUCUGGAAUAAUUUUUUUAUAUAAAUCGAUUUUCCGCAUGUUACUUGCGAGUUAGUUAUAUUUCACGUUUUUUAAAAAUAAGAUUCAGUAGUAAUCGGACACGUUUAUAUAUUAUAUUUGGAUGACUUUAUUGUUCCGAUAACUCGUUGAUGUCAUUUGUAAAUCUUGUUUACCGUUUUGGAAGUUGUGUAUAAGUACCAAGAUUCUUUCAAUAAUUGUGUAUGAUGAUAAUGGUGUUUCACCGUAAUCGCCAUGCAUCUAGUAAGUUUUAUUAGAAUUCUUAUAUUGUACGGAUCGCCAUGCAGUUAUGCAAAUAAAAUCAAUUCUCAGUUAGCGUGCCAUAUAUAUUUUUAAACGUGAAUCAGCAGCCAGUGGCGUGCAUCGCCAAUAUCGCGACCAACGUUUCCAUCUUCCAGACCGCAUUCCUGCCGAAGUAAAGUGCAGCUCUUAAAACGUAGAAGAGUCCUUUUAUAGAGACUGAAUAGCUUAAAAUUUUUCUUAAUGCUUUUCAUAAGCAUGGGACAGAUAACUAGUGAGCAGCUACAGCGUAUCGUGCUUUGCAUGAUAAGGAAACUUUGUACCCUCCUUCCACCCAUAAAAUAUGAAACAUUCAUUUUUAUUAUCAGGGACAGCUCUCGUGCUGAUAAGGCCCUCGAUACGCUCAUUUGGUACGUCUUGUCGAAAACUGCUCUAGCUGACAAGAAAUUGCCAUGAAAAUGAAAGACGGAUGCUGCGAUUGAGGCGCAUUUACGCAUGACGAAAGAUAUGUGGUUCCUCCUGCCCCAAGAGUGGCAUGAUAGCGCGCACGCCUUAGUACGACUAACAAAAAAAAAGAUGCCAUAAUGUCAUAUUGUAGGAAGCAAAAGGGAACACGUGAAGAGCAAUACGAAUACGUAUUCGCUCGUGUCCGAAUUUUUUCAAGCGGUGUUCGUUGCACAAUCGAUGGUUUUUUAUCGCGCAAAUUUGUCAACGCGUAUCGUCCUCUAUUCUCGCGUUGCUUUCUUCCGUUUCUCCUUUUCUGUUUUUUUGCUCAUUGGUUUAUCUUCCAUUAAUUUUUAUGACCUUAUUAUCUCUUUCCCUGCGGAAUCUCUGAUCACGCGAUAAUUAUGAGCGUCGUCUUUUCGCAGAAUCCGAUCCAUCGCGUAAAAAUCGAGCGCGUUGGAGCAAUUAAAGUAUAUCAUGCCGAUACUGCCAUAUACUACGUAAGAAAUAGCGAUUUGGUACGAGACACCCACGAAUCCGCCUUAUAAUCGCGUUGCUUGUCACUUCGUUGUGACAAUCGUCGCUCUCAUCCUCAUCACUUCGAAAUCAUCCUGUAAAUUUUAAUCUUUUUGAUUAAUAUUACAUGAGCGAGUAGAAUCUAAUCUAGACACGGUGGUCAGUACAUAAUAUCUCUAGCACUUAUUUUAUAAUGUAUAGUAUAAUAUUCGCGAAUGUUUCCAUCUCGCUUUGGAUGUUCUUCAGAGAAUGCUGACUGCUGUCAAUAUUCUUGUUACCUAUUUGUCUCGUUAUCUAUUGUCCAGUGCUUAGUGACAACAUCAGACAUCAAUGCACACGUACAUACAUACAUGUGAUAGACACAGAUUGUAUUUUAAUGUUAAUGGGCGCUAUUGGUUUCACGUACGCAUAUAAAUCUAUCACAUUUUGUGGAAAACGCGAGGAAACGUGAAAACGCAGAAUAUUUCAAAGAUUUAUUAAUAAUUAUGUAUACGUGGAGUGAAAGUAAGUUUCGUAAAAAAAGUUUCCUCUGUAUCAGACAAUGAGAGAAGGCUCAAACAAAGAAAACUCAGUAGGAAAUCUUUUACUGGAGAAAGAGAGAGAGAUGAUAGUAGUAGUAGUAGUAAUAAAUAGUUGUUGUAAUAAAUAAGUAGUAGUAAAAAUGUUCUGUCAGUGCAUGUAAAUGUACGUAACGUGUACACAGUCACCAGAAUGACAUCCGGAUAACAUGUGAUACUGAGAAGUAGCAGACUACUUCAUUGACAGCAGCAGUCAUUGACUAUCCGCUCAAGAGGAUCCAAAGCAAAAUCGAAAUGUUUGCAAGUAUUAUACUAUAUGUAAAAUAAUGAUAGAAAUUUACGCACCUACAAUUGUGUUUAUUAGCUUCUACUUGCCUAUGUAAUAUUAAUGAAUAGAAUAGAAUUUGUAAUUGGAAAGUUUAAUCCUGUUUUUCCUCUCUUUCUCUCUAUCUCUCUUCCCCCCCCUCCUUUUCUCCUCUCUUUCAACUGAUUCAUACUCUUUACAAUCGGAUGCGUUGACUAUAAUACGAUUAUAUAAAAACUGUAUAGAUCUGCUAAACGCCUUAUUUAUUUUAUUGAAUAAUGUAACUCUCUCAGCCACGACAAUUGCAAUGAUUUAUCCUUGUUGAAUAUGCAUCAUGGUGUCGUUUUGACACAGAGAAAAAAUCGAUUUCUCGAUAUACCAUGACAUAAGUUUUUAUUUGUUCGUAUCUUAAUCGAUCAAAAUUUCUGAUUACUUGUAAACAUCAUGUUAAUGUAAAGAAGGUAUCAAGAUUUAUUUCGGCUUUUACAGGGACUCAAGUUUGCGAAAUUUUAUGAAUCUGUUUUUAAUCCGUAAAAUAUUUUUUAUAAUAUAUUCAAAUUUCCGAUGUGUGGUACAUAGGAAUCAACUAAUAAAAAAUGUUAAUAAAAAGAACUUUACAAUAGUUAGAUCUAUUAAUUAUGAUAAACAAAUAUCUGUUCUUUUUUCGUGUCCUUAUAAUUUAUUAUAGAUUAAUAUUCUUUGAUAUAUCCUCGUUUCAAUAAGUAUCUUAUUUUAAAGUUUUUAAAAUAUAUUAUUCAUCUGUGUUUUAGUACGAAUCUCAAUCAGAUCUCUAAUAUAUUUUACAUGAUUCUUUGAUCAUUGUGAAACUUUCUAAAUACGCAAUAUCUCAUAAAACAUUUAUAAGAAACAGUUUCUUUUCUCUUCAUCGUCAUAUCUCCCUUGGUGAACAUUAUCUCGUUUGUUCAUUCCUACAAAAGAAAUGGAAGCACUUAGAAAUUGGGAUUCGUAAUCUUUAUUGUAAUAAUAAUCGUACAUGAUAUAGGGUGAAAUUAUUUGUUAGGUAGUAAUUAAUUGACCAUAUGGUGAUUGAUCACCGUGGCUUGUGUUAGCUUGUGCCUCACUAUGUGGCCAAUUAAUGUCCGAGAGACAUUAAGCAAAGGGGAAGAAAAAAGAUAAUUGUAAUGAGAUCAUAUUUUAUAAGAAGACGUAUUCCAUAAGAUCACUAUAUAGCAAUGAGAAGUCUGUCUAAUAUUAGACAAAGCCCACAGGCCCGAAGCCAGGUGGAUGAAUGAAAAUAAUUUUAAAAGUGAAUAUAAUUAAUAUUUAAUAAUAAUGAUAAUAUUAACAAUGUUAUUUUUUAAGUGUAAGUAUUGUCACAUCCCAGAAAGACCGUCGCUACCCCUUCCCUCCAUUCCCGUCCUUUUCCUAUCGUUCCCUGACCGAUCUAUAUUACAUAUAUGUGUAUAUAUCUCCGUGUAUGCACGAACCCACAAAAUACGUAUAUAUACAUGUAUAUGUAUACUUAUAUAUAUAUAAAUAUAUAGAUAUAUAUAUACACUCGUUCGCAAUUGCGGUAAAACGUCCGUUUCGGUUCUUCAUUAUUGCGUGCCGUAAUCGUACGUUUUGUGUUUUUCUUCUCGAUUUGAAUUUAAUAAAAUAGAUUCCCUACUAUACUUGUAUAAUUGUGCGGCAGCAAAUUAGCACAUAAACAAAAUCACUUUUACGGUGCGCGAAGAACAGAAAACUGAACAGCCGUGUUAUCGCUGUUGCGGUCGUUGAAUGAUUAUGUUAUUAUUAAUUAACGGAAAUUAAUAAUAAUUGCACUACAUUAGUAUAACAACAAACAAUAAUGUAUGUCGUCGCUCCUAUUCUGUAAAUAAACACUGUACCGUC